GAGGCUGACGGUGAUCAAGUUGGGGAACCUGCCGCCGCCUUCGUUGCGUUACUCCUAGCGGCAGGCCGCCCCUGCGAGACUGUAGGGUGGGCGGCACUGCGCGCGAACCUCUCUCCGACCGGCCGACCCUUCAGGCCCCGUGAACCUCAGGGGCGGCGGGAGCGCGGGGCCGAGGAGCCCGGUGCGUGCGGACGGGCUGCGGCGGGGCGGCCGCCGGGACGCCAUGUCCAUGGAGGACCCCUUCUUUGUGGUGAAAGGGGAGGUACAGAAGGCAGUCAAUACUGCUCAAGGGUUAUUCCAGAGAUGGACAGAACUCCUCCAGGAUCCUUCCACAGCAACAAGAGAAGAAGUUGACUGGACCACCAAUGAGCUCAGAAAUAACUUGCGCAGCAUAGAAUGGGACCUAGAAGAUCUGGAUGAAACUAUCAGCAUAGUUGAAGCAAAUCCUCGAAAAUUCAACCUUGAUGCAACUGAACUGGGUGUAAGGAAAGCCUUCAUCACAAGCACACGGCAAGUUGUCAGGGAAAUGAAGGAUCAGAUGUCAAGUUCAUCAGUUCAGGCAUUAGCUGAAAGAAAAAAUAGACAGGCACUGCUAGGAGAAAGUGGUGGUCAGAGUUGGAGUACUGGACCAGAUAAGUAUGGCCGCCUUGAUCGAGAGCUACAACGUGCUAAUGCCCACUUCAUUGAGGAACAGCAGGCCCAGCAACAGUUGAUUGUGGAGCAGCAGGACGAGCAGUUGGAGCUGGUCUCUGGCAGCAUUGGGGUGCUGAAGAAUAUGUCACAGCGUAUUGGUGGGGAGCUGGAGGAACAGGCAGUGAUGUUAGACGACUUCUCUCAUGAGUUGGACAGCACACAGUCUCGGCUAGACAACGUGAUGAAGAAACUUGCAAAAGUGUCCCAUAUGACCAGCGAUCGUCGACAGUGGUGCGCGAUUAUCGUUCUCUUUGGGAUCUUACUGGUAGUGCUCAUUCUCUUUCUGGUGCUGUGAUGGACAAGGCUUCUCUGGAUGCUGCUUAUUCCCCACCAAGAAAAUGUGAGGGGAGAACGGAAAAGUCAGCACAGUUAAUGUUGCCACCCUUUUUAUUUUGCUCCGAAGAACUCAUACCCCUAGACUUUGAUGUUCUCUGUAAAUCAAUGCUCGUGGCAGCUGCUGCUGCAGUAUCAGCCUUACAAAGUCCUUGGAGGUAAAGUGGAAGCUGGACUCCCUCCCAGGUGUUGUGAUUCCCAGCAAGUGUGCAUUGCCACUCCCGCUGUGCUCACAACGAGCUGCUGUUUCUCUUUCCUCCCUCCAGAGUGCAGGGAAUGAAUCAGCAAAUGUUGGUUAUGUUGCUUUGGCGAGGUCUUUCCACCUUUUUUGUGGGGGAUUUUUUCUCCAUCCCCUUUUUUCCUUAUAUCAGAUGCCACUGUCUUAUCUAAAACAAACUGUUCUGGAAGCCAGGCUGCUGGGUGUAUUUCACCUCCACCUUUGCUGGUCAUUAAGGAGGGUAGAAGACUCAGGAACUGUAUCUAAUAACAGUAAAUUUGGUGAUUCCUAGGCCAAGGUGUCACUUCACCUAGACUUCAGUAGAGGGGUAAGUGCUAGGACUAGAUUCCCUGUCCAAGUCCUGUUUCAUUCAGUGGAGAUUAUACUCACUGAAUAUGGAGAAACCAUUUGGGGUAAAAUAGACGUGAGCUCUGGCUCUGAGUGCUUCAAGGAGAGUGUGCAUACUUAGUAGACUGACCUCAGGCAGACCUGAAUGUGCCCCUUGGUGGCUUCCUGCUCCCUAUACUAACCUUAGCCUUCACUUGGUGCACAUUCCAUGCUUGGAAGGGGUCCCUAUCUCUGCAGAGCACUUCAUGGACUACUUGAAAGAGUUGUGUAGACUGCCUAGUUAGGAGUUGUCUCAUUUCUACUCCAUACUGGUUUUUUUUUUUGUUUAGGUUAGUUUUGGGGGGGUUUUGGUGGGGAAGGGGGGAAUUGCCGCUUUUUUUUAUUCAUUCCAAGGCUGAAAUCAGCAAGCUAAACCUCUGCCCUGGACCAGACUUUUCUUACCUGUUUAUAACUGGGGUGGCUGGGUGAUUUUGGUUUUUUGUUUGCUUCAGGAAGCAAUUGAUUUUAUUACUCUCUUCCAUUUGAAUAACUGAGCCAAUUCCAAAUGAAACUGACAAAUGCUUUGUCAUACUUUGUCAUACCUAGUUUAAAGCAACCCACACUGCCCACAGACAAAACGUUAGGCUUUUUGAUUAUUCUUCAAAUGCCUCAAACACAUGCACAUGUAAAUAGGAUGUUUUUAUAACCUUCCCUAAUGAAUGAACUCUAAGAAAGUAGCAACUUGUUAUCCUGGGUUCUCAAAGGCCAUACCAGGAGAGUAUAGGCCUAGUUAAGUUAGGAUAGGUUUCCUACCGGAGGUUGGUUCCCAUGUGAUAAAUUGCUUGGGCCCCAGCAGCUCUGCAUGGAGGGGAAAGAGGAUCCACAUUGAUGGAAUUUCAGGGCCAUUGAAGAGAAGGAAUGGCUCAACCAAAAGAUGAGGGUGGGCUGCAAAGGCUGGGAGAGGCCAGAGCAUUGCCAGAGAAUUUCAGCCUUCUCUAGAUUGUGCUUGUCCUUUUCGGUCACUCAGUAUUCACCAGUUUCCUCGAUCGUAAUUAUGUAUUGGCCCAGGCUAAUUUUGAAUUGCAAUUUUUAAUACUGGGUAUUUGUAAUGCUUUUCAAAAAAGGAUACCAUCCUUUUUUUUCAGGAUCAUGGUAGGUGAGGAAAUUUGACUGUGGAUGCUAAAAAAUGAAUUUAUAAAAUAAAAGGGAUGGUUGAUACCUGCGUUUACACUCCUUACUCAACUGACUUUGAUGUAUCAUAAAUGAUUACUCUUUGUUUUUUAAAUGAACAAAAAGUAAUUUUGAUCUUCAUGAAUGGCUUCACUCAUAAUCUACUCAGUUACUUUUAUUUUAUAAGGUUCUAAGAAAAUUAGUUCUGUGGUUGUCUUGGUGUGUGCAUAUAUAUGCAUGUAUCUCUUUGAGACAAGGAAAGUCCUCAAAGCAAUGAAAUAUAUCCUUAUUAGCUACAUUUGGUUAAAAUGUCUCCAAAACAAGUAGGCAACAUUAGGAAGACCUCUAGGUCCACCUUGGAAGAGGCAGCCAGUGUCUUAAAGUUUUAGCGUGUGGUCGUAUCAGAAGCCUGCCUUUUGUCUUGCUACUGCUAGCCCAAGAUGUUCACUGCAGUCGCCCAUAAUUAGUGCCUCUAUUCUACUGAAUGCUGAGUAAUUCAAGAAAACAAAAAAAUAGGAUUCUCUGUACUCUUCUGAAGACUCCAAGACACCGAGUUUACAUAUGUUGUUCUCUCAUCCCCUGGAUCCAUUUUUCCUUGCUCUGUUUUUUAUGGGGUUUUUUUCAAUCACAGAGAUUUAAGAACAACUUCCUAUCAUAAGGCAGCAAGAAAAAGUAGUUUUAAAAGUUUUGGGCAAAAGCCAUAUCUAUUCCUCUGAGGGCUUUUUUUCUGAAAUAAGCCAGCUCCAGGUACUCUUGCCACUCUUAGGGCCUAGUGCUCCGUAGAAAGAAAGAACUAGGCUUGUGUGCCUCUUUCUGGUUUUAGUAGAAAUUGCGCACCUUGAGUUACAAAUUAAAUUUAGGAUAAAAACUCCAAAGGGAAUAUAAAGAAUUUGAAAAUGAAUGAAAAUGAAAUAUAAAGAUUGAUCUACAGACAGUUUGAGAACCAAACUCAUUGAAUACCAAACUAAAACUCAUUGAACAAACUUAUCUUAAUUACCAAAGUCUCUCUUAAAGCCCAUGCUUUAGAGUCAGCUCGCUGGCCUGUUUGGAUUCAGACAUGACCUCAAAAAGUGACUGGCAACAGCCCCGAAACACAAUCAGGCAGAACCAACCUUAUGCCUGCUAAGUUUUGAGGGAAUGAAGAGAAUUAGCUAGUCUGGAGUCCCUCGGUUUAAAAUAGACUGGUAAUUCAGGGGCCAUGCCUCCUCCUGCUUCUUAAGGAGCUGUGCUUUAUUAAUCAGCAUCUUUAAAGUAAAUAAAUGAAUGAAUGAAAGAGCCAAACUCCCAAACCCAAAUUCUGGCCAAGCUAAACAGAGCCAGAGUCUGAGCAUGUUUGCUGUUUGUGCAGUCAGUCCUUUGAGACUGGUAUGAACUUGCAGAGCCUCGAAAAACCUUCAGCUGGGACAAGAAAAAGAAAACUAGCUUCCUGGAGGCCCCUGGGGGUUUGGAGUGGUAAAGAUUUCUUCAUUAGUUCACCGGAGCUAAUGAGAUCUUAAUGGAAACUUGGUUAGUUCCCGCAGAUUUCUCUUUCACCUCAUUGCCUAUGGAAUUGUAACAACACAGAGAUGCAACGACUCCCAGGGCUCUGGCCUGUGAGCUGUGUGUUGCAGUUGAAGUUUUCCUUUUAUUGUCUCCCACACCCAGGCCCAUAGUCAUUUCGUAAGGAACUUAACAGAAUUAAGUAGUGUGUGUGAGUCAGAGGGUUAAUAAGAAGAGAUGUUUCUUAGAAAGGUGUUGCAGGUGACAUUUGAUAGACUCGGGAGAGAGGCAGCAUCAAACUGCCCAGAAUGUUUGCCACAGGGUGAAUCCAAGAUCCAAACUAAUACCGUGGGGCACUCCUAGCCCCCGUGUUUUGGCUGUGUCUUUGUGUGAACUGUAAGAUGUCGGUACACUGUGUGUUCUGUACUGUAAUACAACGAGAUGUUGCUUUGGGUGUUUUUUUGUGUGUUUUUAUGGGUCUUCUACAAUCUUAGAAUUCCUGCCAGAGCAGGAGAGGAGAGGAAACUUGGCAGCCUUCCCGAGCUCUGCUCUUACCCACAACUGAACAGACUGAUGAGUCUGGUAGCCAACAACUUGGCAACUUUUACUCCAUUUUACCUCAGGAGGUUUUAAGGGCUGUGAAAAGAAAUCUAGUUGACAACUGUAACUGAAAUCUGUCUCUGUUAAGUAUUUUACCUUCUGCAAGUAGAAGAGCGGUUGCCAAAUUUUUUUCUUGGGUGAUCUUUCUGGCUAGAAAGUGACCCUUUCCAUUAAUAAAUCUGUAAGCAUCCAUGUUAUUUAUUCCCUCUUAAAAGAAUCAGUUUCAUUUGGUGUUCUGUGAAUUGUAUGUUAAAUGCAAGUGUGUACUUUAAAUGUAUUUUUAAGCAUGUAUACAUAGUACCUUAACUUCAAAUCCUGUGCAGCAGAAGGAAUGGGAAACAAAGGGUACAUUCUGGAUUUCGGCAGCUGGGAAGGCACUACCUCGAAUUCCCUUUUGGUGACUUCCUUAAAUGUCCACUUCUUAAAUUGUUUUUGUUGUUUUAAAUCAGAAACUACUUUUUAGCCCAUAUCAUGAGUAUUGAGGAAAUAGACCCAAAGGGUUCACGGACCACAAUGUUCUCUCUGUCAACACUUGAUAAGUGAUGACAGCGCUCCAUUGGAAGAGAUUGCUCUGAAUACCUUUGCUUCUAUUUAGGUUUACAAGAAACAUCAGCAAUCUGGCUAGUAGAGGAAACAGAAGCAAGGCAAGAGUACUGCAUUUGUGCUUUUGAAUCAGUGACCUCUGAGUCUCCUUCCAGGUUAUAAAAUUUUAUGAUUUAAUGGAUUGGGCCUUUUUUCAGCCCAACCUUGGAAAUUUUACAUAUUUUGAAAUGUAUUCUAAUCCCAUCUCUAGCUGGGUCUUUUGAAAUACAUGGGAUAUACAGUAAACUCUGAAGCAGUUUUAAACUCUGGUCAUUGCUAAAUAGGAAUAAUACCUCUUUUGGCUUAAGUAAAUACCACCUCAAUACCAUAAAUGUCAGUAUGCACCAUUUGAUGUGUUCAAUCCCAAAUCAGUUAACUCUGAUUCUUCGUUUUUGAGAGUUGUUAAUAGCUGGGGUCUCAGGCUGUUGUUAGUCCCUUUAAUUUUCCUACUGAGAAACCUAGUCAGUGAUUGGCCUUAAGUUUUAGCAUUAUGUCGAUGAAACAGAAAAGUGCUGUAGAAAACCAUCCUAAAGCUUCAGAGGUAGAAAGGACCUUAAAGAUCGUGUGGUUCAGCUCUCAUUUUUACAGUGAGGAAAUUGAGCCUGGCCCCAAAGACAAGGUAGACACAAACUGUGAUUAGGUAGUGAAAUGCAUUUCCUGAUGCUCAUUUAGAACCAGGACUUCCUCUCAUUUGCCUGCAGAGAUUUCACCCAGCAGUGAAAAAGUUGUGCAAAGAAAAAAAAUAUGUGCAUGGCUAGUCAUUUGAAACUGACCUUAUUAACAUAUUACUGUUAAUGAUGACCAUAUUAAGAUAAAUGCAUUUUAAUUUUCACACACAGUGAUCUACAGUAGAAUAUACUUCUUGAAAAUAUUCCCAUCUUUAUAGAUAAACAUUGAUAUUUUAUAUCCAUUGAGAACCUAGAAGGAGUUUCAUUCAUGUCCAACUAAUGUGACCUGUAAACAGGGUUCCACUGUUGUGGGACUUUUAUUACCGUAGUUUUCUCCCAGUAUAGGUAGAAGAAAGUUAGUUCCCUCUGUCACUUAAAAACCUGGUGCUAUCAACUGAUGACCAGUUUUUCAUUUUUUUUUUUUUCAAGAAACCUUCUUCCCUUUAAGCCACAGUAGUUAGUAGCAUAAUUCCACGUAAGGACAUGUAUCUCUCUAAACACUUUGUCCACAGCAGCAGUUUGUCCAUUGGGUACACUCUGCCAUUGGGUCAUAAUUGCUAGUUCUGCUAGCCAUAGCCAGUCUUGUGUAGGAAUGAAAGGGAUAUACAUGAUUCGAUUUUUAUUUUUUCCUCGAUUUCUGAAUUACUGGAAUCUCAAAGCUACUCUUAGUUAUUCAAGCAGUAUUACUAAAGCAUUAAGUUUCAUUGAUAAUGGAACAAAUCUGCUGCUUUGCCCUUAUCUCCCUUAUGUUUGAAAGUCCCCAGUGCUCUAGUGCAGCCCUGUUAUGCAUUAACAGUAAAGUGAGGAUUGCUUUCCUUCUCAUCUGCAAAACAUAGAUGUUACCUGGGAUGCUGGCAUGCCCAUUAACCACAACCAGUGGAAAGUGAGAAGCGCUGUACUAGUAUAAAGUUAAACAGUGAAAUAGAAAUGAUCUAGUCUGCAUGACACUAAAAUGUUGCUUUUUUUUUUUUUUUUGUAAUUAGCCCUGUAAAGACAAAUAAAAGACAGCCAAUGUCUUAAUGACUUUUGGAAGAGCUUUUUUUGAGGUUGAAGUGAUUACUUCCUGUCAUCAGCAUUGGCUUUUGAUGAUAAAGACCCCAAACUCAAAACAGAUUAAGGGAGUUGUCUAUAAGCUAUCUAAGAGAAGGAAGUUGAAAUGAUAAACUUUAAAUAUUUAUGAAAGAAGGGGAAUAGAAAAGUGAAGAUGAACCAUAAAGUUUGGACAAAUGGAAACUGUUGCCAAGCAUUGUUUUUUCGUGAACUAUUAUGUAUUGUAUUUAGAAUUAUAACAUAGAAAAUGGCAAAGGUCAGCCAAAACUGUCCAUUCUUUGUGGGUGGAGAAGUGAAAAAUGUCCUUAAAACUAUUGCAUUGGGGGCAAAUUGUGAAGAAAAGUGGAAUCAAAGUUUUAAAUUAUAGGAAGUCUGCACAUGUAUUAUGUGGAGCUCUACCCCAGCCAUUAAUGCCGUUCUAGAGUUUGCAUCCCUCAUGGACAUAAUCAUCAAACUAGGGCCAGCAAUUUGGAGAAGCUGAGAACCCUUAGUUUUCGGUUUCCUUUACACUGGAGCAUCUUGGCAUAUUAGCUAUUGACCGGUUCCUAUGGAAUGAACAAAAGGUGAUUGUGUUCAAGGAUAUCCAUUUCCUUGGAAUAAAGUGCAAUCAUCUAUGGCUUCAGAGUGGCACACCAAAACAGAACCAGUGAUACCACGAAUCAGAAAACCAGGUUUACUGUUUAUUCUCAAAGAAAAUUAUCAAUUCACAUAGCCAUCCUAGUAAUUUUUUCCUCUUACUGGCAUUUUUCUCUCCUGAGAUCUAUCAGCUCCUGCUGUAUUUCUGACUUCUGCUCUUGGAGUCAUGUUACAAUUGUAUAAAGAAGACUGUACAGUAUUAAAGUGACAUGAAAAGA